CUCCAACCUCAUCUCUGGACCCUCUUUCUCUCGCCAUGGACUCUAGCUCUUCCGCUUCUCCUCAUCCCGACGUUGUUUCCCAAUUCACCGGAUCCCUCCUUGUUGAGAGGUUCCGAGGCACCGAUUUUGUUCCCCCCUCCUCAAACACUGUCGUCUCCUCCAAGGACGUCACCCUCCUCCCUCAAUCCAACAUCUCUGCCCGUCUAUUCCUCCCCCAACACACUCCCCGCAACCGCAAGCUCCCUCUCUUGCUCUACUUCCACGGCGGCGGUUUCCUUGUCUCCUCCCCUUUCAAUUCCCUCCACCACAACUACGUUUCCACUCUAGUCGCCAAUGCCAACAUCGUCGCCGUUUCCAUCGACUACAGCCUGGCCCCAGAGCACCCCAUCCCCGCCGCUUACGAAGAUUCCUGGGCUGCGCUUCACUGGGUCGCAUCCCAUCGAAAGAGUCCUGGACCCGAGCCUUGGUUAAAUGAGCACGCAGAUUUCAGGAGAGUUUUCCUGGCUGGGGACAGCGUUGGCGCUAACAUAGUUCAUAAUCUCGCAAUGGCAGCGGGAAAUCCCGACAACGAGCUCGACCUCGAGAUUCUGGGCGCGGCAUUAGUCCACCCAUUCUUCUGGGGUUCGCAUCCCACCGGGUCGGAGGCGAUGGAUCCGGAGAGAAAGGCGUCGGUGGAUCGAUUAUGGCCAUAUGUUUGCCCAUCCACGCCGGACCAGGACGACCCGCGGCUUAAUCCGGUGGCGGAAGAAUCCCCCAGCUUGGCGUGGUUGGGUUGUGGAAGAGUGUUAGUGUGCGUGGCGGAGAAGGACAUACUGAAGGAGAGGGGGUGGCUCUACUAUAACGCAUUGAGUCAGAGCGGUUGGCUUGGGGUGGUGGAGAUCCGUGAGACUCAAGAGGAGGACCACUGUUUCCAUUUGGAAGAUCUGGGCAGCAACAGGGCCCAAGAUUUGAUCCAAGGCCUGGCCGACUUCUUCAACAGAGAUAUGCCUCCUUUACUUUAACUUGCAACAAUUUCUUGCACCAAGAAAAGAAAAUCUGGCAAUAAUUUCAUUCAUACUUCUUUACGCUCUUGUCGGUCGCCGCGGAAAAUA